AUGACCCUGGAUAACUUCCUUACCUACCUCCUCAGGUGGAUGGAGCAGAGAAAAGCUUCCAUUCACCUCUGCUGUAAGAAGCUGACCAUCUUUGCAAUGCCUGUGGAAAAUGUCAUGAAGGUCCUGAAUAUGGUGCAGCUGGACUGCAUCCAGGAGGUGCAAGCGAAUUGGAUUUGGCAUCUGUCCACCCUGGCCAAGUUUGCUCCUCUCCUGGGUCAGAUGAGCAACGUGCAGAGACUCCGUCUCUCCCGCAUUCACGUGUCUGCCCUUGAGAAGCAGGAGCAGCAAGUUGUCCUAUUUACCUCUAAGUUUCUCAAGCUGUACCAUCUCCAGGAUCUCUAUCUAGAUUCUCCCUCCUUCCUUGAAGGCUGCCUGGACCAGAUGCUCAGAUUUCUGAGGACCCUCUUGGAUCACCUGGCAAUAACUAACUGCCAGCUUACAGAAUCAGACCUGACCCACCUGUCCCAGUGCUUGAACAUCCGUCAGCUCAAAGGCCUGGAUCUGAGUGGGGUCACCAUGACUGACUUUAGUCCUGAGAUCCUCCACAUUCCUCUGGAGCAAGUUGCAGCCACCCUCCAGGAACUGAACUUAGAGCAGUGUAGGAUCACAGAGUCCCAACUUGAAUCCAUCCUGCCUGUCCUGAGCUGCUGUUCCCAGCUCAGGACCUUCAGUCUGUGUGGGAAUGUCCUCUCUAUGGCCAUCAUGGAGAAGCUGCUGAGUCACAUCACUGGGCUGAUCAACAUAGCUUUGUAUGAAUCACUGUCAGCAAAGUGA